AUGUCGGACGUAUCAGGCAACAUGCUGAAGCGACCUCGCCCUGAGGACGAAGACAACCAUGCGCAAAAAAGACCGCGUUCGAACAAUGGGUCUCCUCAUCCUGGGCAAGGAGGGACGACUCCUGGAAAUAUCGAUAUUGCAAAGGUAGUGGCCGAGGCCAGAGCGAAGGCUCAAGCCGUCCGCGACAGGCUUAUGGCCGAAAAACAAGGAUCUGCGUCUCCUUCACCAGGACCGGCAGGGUCCGGUGCGAGUCCUGCUCCCCCGGCUGCUGGCUCCGCGAUGUCCAGACUGGAACAGAUGAAAGCUAGGGUUGCGGCCGCAACAGGACGAGCGAAUGCUGCCGCGCAGCAAAGGCCGAACGUCGCAACUCCACCGCCGCCUCCUCCACCCUUCGAAGAUGAAGAUGACGGCUUAUCGCGAGCCCGGGGUGGUCUUGAUGUCGGUCUGCAUCCCGCGCUUCUCACAGAUAAUCUCGAAUAUCGGGGGAGCAAAGGGCGACAAUCAGGACAAUUCAAAGGCCGUCGAAACGAUUCCUCGGCUGUUGGUGGGAAACAAAAUCGGCCAGGACUUGACCUCUCGGGGCCUUCUCUCGAGGAAAUAAAGAAGAAUCCAUACUUCGAUCCAAGCCUAGGUCCUAAAGCUACGAUAUCUAAACCUCGCCAGUCGCGGCAACUCCUCUUCAAUCAAAAGGGUAAAUAUAUACAGCAGGCCGCUGCUCUUCGUCGACAGGCGCAACUGGAGGCUAUGAAGAAACGCAUUGCCGAACGAGCAAGGCAGGCGGGCAUCGAUGAAGAUCUGGACUUUGAGAAAAACUUCGUGGUACCAGCUCCACCAGAAAUUGAGUGGUGGGACGAGGGCCUAGUAAACGGGUCUGAUUACACGGCAAUCGAAGACGAGAAGAACCUCAAAAUCGAAACACCCGACUCCAUAAUCACGCUCUACGUCCAACAUCCGGUUCUUCUCGAGGCUCCGCAGGAGAAGCUCAAGCCAGAACAAAAGCCGAUGUAUCUCACGUCGAAGGAGCAAGCGAAGAUUCGUCGACAGCGGCGCAUGGCGGACCUAAAAGAACAGCAGGCGAAGAUCCGUCUUGGUCUCGAACCAGCCCCUCCGCCAAAGGUCAAAAAAUCAAACCUCAUGCGUGUGCUGGGUGAACAAGCCGUCAAGGACCCUACUGCCGUCGAGGCACGGGUCAACAGAGAAAUCGCAGACCGCCGUGAACAACACGAGACCGCUAACGAGGAGCGCAAGCUCACAAAAGAACAACGCCACGAGAAACUCGCAAGGCAGCAGGAGCAAGACGCCGAAAAGGGUCUAUUCAUGACAGUGUAUCGGAUUGAUACACUCGCAAACGGGCGUCACCGAUUCAAGAUUAGCAAAAACGCAGAACAAAAUGCCCUUACCGGGGUAUGCGUUAUGCAUCCGAAGUUCAACCUGGUCAUUGUCGAAGGAGGCGCCCAUUCGAUCAACAACUAUAGGAAGCUCAUGGUGAACCGAAUCGACUGGACGGAGAAUGCGGGUCCCGGCGCAGUACGGGAGGGAAAUCGCGAGGCGCAGACAUCGUGGCUUGCUGCCGAAGAUGAGUCGGGCGAACUGAAGGAUCUCAGUUCCAAUACAUGUACUCUGCUCUGGGAGGGUCAGGUCAAGGCCAGAGCUUUUCGCAAGUGGCUUGGUGCUCGAGUUUGCGAAACGGACUCCCAGGCGAAGGAUGUUCUAACGCGGGCGAAAUUAGAGAAUUUCUGGAGUCUGGCGAAGAGUGCGAAACAGAGCGAGACAUGA